UGUCUUACAAAAAUAGGUGCUGAGAACAGAUUUCUGAAAGUCUAUCGAGUGCUGUUGAAGCUUAAUGUACUAAAUAAAAUAAAAAUGUUGUUCCUUGAUGGUGGUUCUGAAACCUUUCAGCGUAACCUGGAAAGAACAUUAACACAAUGAAACUGAACAUGUUUCACCACACACUUUUGUUGUUGUUGGUUUUGGUGGUAGUGGAAGAUGCUUCCUCUGCAUCUACUUUACAAAUAGGUAAAAACAACAACAACAACAACAACAACAACAACAAACAUAUCUCGAGAUGCAUACAUCACUACUAUCUAAUUUUCCAAUUUUUACCAAAUUUGACUGUACUUGCAAAUGAAGAGCUCACCCAUGCGGAAGACACAGAGGACAGAGAGGACACUGAGACAGCUCAGAACAUCUCCAGGUCAAACUUUGAACACUUGGAGAGACUGAGCAACAGGUCCAGAUAUGUUGCGAGGAGCUGCAGAGAGAUCAGGGACAGAUACAAUGAGCAAGAAGACGGGUUGUACUACCUGACCACUGCUAAUGGCAUGGUCUACCAGACUUUCUGUGACAUGACCACUGCAGGAGGCGGCUGGACGCUGGUGGCGAGCGUCCAUGAGAACAGCAUUUAUGGAAAGUGCACAGUGGGAGAUCGCUGGUCGAGCCAGCAGGGCAACAAUGCUGAUCUGCCAGAUGGAGACGGGAACUGGUCCAACAGAAACACCUUUGGAGCAGCAGAGAGUGCCACCUCGGAUGAUUAUAAGAAUCCAGGUUACUAUGAUAUAACAGCAGAAGACAUGUCUGUGUGGCACGUUCCCAACAACUUCCCACUGGAGCACUGGAACCUGGCCGCCAUCCUCCGAUACCACACUGUCAACCGCUUUCUGGGCCUGUAUGGAGGGAACCUCUUUCAGCUCUUCAGGCAAUAUCCAGUGAGGUACAACAUUGGCUCCUGCAGCAACAGAGGGCCAGCUAUUCCCAUCGUGUAUGACCAUGGAGACAGAGAGAGCACCAGAAUGUUAUAUGGACCCCACGCAAGAGGGGAGUUUGAACCAGGUUUCAUCACAUUCAGAGCAAUAAACAAUGAACGUGCAGCCAUGGCUAUCUGCUCCGGGGUCAAGCCGACUGGAUGCAACACUGAACAUUACUGUGUAGGAGGAGGUGGAUAUUUCCGGGAAGCAGCCCCUAAUCAGUGUGGAGACUUUCCAUCAUUUGACUGGGGCAGAUUUGGUGAUCAAGGCUGGAGCGCUUCCAAAGAGAUAACUGAAGCUGCUGUUUUACUGUUCUAUCGCUGAGAAGACUUACAGAUU